AUGGCCGUAAAGACGAGGUUUGGCGAGCUUGCUGUCGAGCCCCUGUUACCCAGAGAGGACGCUCUAUACACCGUGUGUGCUGGUAUGAAGCGUGCAGUAUUCAUCGUGCUGGUUCUCUGUGUACUGGGAGCUGAUGUGAACGGGGCGAGAGCUGCAUGCCCACAUGUCUGCUCCUGCAGGGUGAACGUCGUGGACUGCAGCAAACGUAAACUCACCACCGCCACGCUGCCCUCAUGGUUCCCUACGAGCACAACUGAGCUUCGACUCCAUGAUAAUUACCUCACGGCUUUGCCCACCGGACUGCUGGAUGGGAUGCCAGGCCUGCAACACAUCACGCUCCAUGGGAACCCGUGGGAGUGUAACUGUGCCGUUCUCUAUCUAAGAGGUUGGCUGGUAAAACAGUCCAAUGAUAAUUUAAUAAGAAACGUGAGCUGCAGUUCUCCACCUGGCCUGCAGGGCAGGUUAGUGGCGUAUCUAUCUGAGGAGGAAAUGCUAAACACGUGUCAUUACUGGCUGUGUGAUCUGGCCUUGGCUUCCCAAAUCAGCUUGUUAAUCUUCAUCGUGGUGCAGGCAGUCCUCCUCACUGUGGUCAUCUACUUCCUGCGUCGUUUCCGCCAACUGACUCAGGACGCACGACGCACAGCUGCAGAGAACUGUCACAGCUGAGGCCGACCGCGUUAUCUCUCAACAACAGAAGAUCCUGAAAUUAUAAUAACUCUUCAAAUGUUACAAAACUGUUACCAUAUUUGUUUUUUUUUAAACUGUGUGGGUCCAUCUGACCCAUAACAUCAUGGAUGUAAUUUUUUCUAACAUAAUAGGAGGGUUCAUGUAAUUAUAAUAAUAAAUAAAUAUGUGCCCUUG